CGCAUACGAACACAUGAUACUCGAUAUACAUAGUUUGUUUACUGCUCAUUGUGAUUUGGAAGAACACGUGCUCAAAUAAGCAAUUGUUAAAACUAUAGUACUUAAUUUAUCACGUGCCAACGACUUGUCUCUUGAUUUCUUCGCUAUUUUUUGUCACAGUGAUGUGUAAUUUCUGCUACCAAACGCGGAGGAACGUGUAAACCGAAGAAUCAUUUAUUUAAAUGGUAUUAAAAACAAAUACGUCAGUCGAAUUUUUUUAAUGAAAUUGAAAGUUCGCACAAGUCACUGGGUACUCGAUCAUUACUGGGUGAUGUCCAUGUAACGAAACAUAAUACUGGAAAUUCUUGAGAGGAAAAAAAGUGUCGUGCACUGUCAGUCAGCAUCUUCGGCUACACAGCAAAAAUAAUAUUCACCGUCGGUGUUCCAUCAAAGUAUUCGUUUAUUUUGAACUUAUUGUAAUAGUAAGAAUUGUAAAGAACCUCUUGCCAUGUCUGCCAAAAGGGACAAGGAUGCAAUGAAUGAAGACAGCAGCAGUGAUGAGGAUGAAGAUCCUGAUAACAUGGGUGUUCCAGGUGGUGGGAAAGAUCUUGCUACUGCAACUGGGAUUGCAAAUAUUAAAGAUGAAAAACCUGCAGAUGCACCAUCUAAUGUUAUGACAAAGGGGCAGGGGGGAAUGAACAUGUUAAAUCAGAAAUUUGGAAAUAAAAUCCCUGAUGGAUUAGUAACUAAGACUGCAACACCAGGAUAUGAAAUGGUACGUGUAGGAGGAUCACAGGGUGUACCACCUGGAUUUGUUAAUGCAAAUCAGUUGGGUCAAUUAGGUCAGUUAGCUGCUGCUGGUGGAGCAUAUGGUUUACCACCAGGAUUAGCAACUCUUGCAGGUUUCAAUCCAGCCUUUUUUUCACCAAGCAUGGAUAUGAGCUUAAUGAGCGGUUUUAUGGGUUUGCCUGGAAUGAAUAUGGGUGUGAAUCCCCUUGUUCAGUUGUUAAACCAAAACGGUUUACAUCCAAAUUGGCCAGCUGGCCUAACAGGUAAAGCUGUAUCACAAUUAUGGAUGAACGCUGGGGACCCCACUAAAAUGAAUAUACAACAAACUAUACCGGAAGAAGAAGAAGUAGACGACGAAGAUAUGGGCGUUGCGGAAACGUAUGCUGAUUAUAUGCCUACUAAACUUAAACUUGGACGGAAGCAUCCAGAUCCUGUUGUGGAAACUGCAUCGUUAUCCAGUGUUGAACCAACAGAUGUUUGGUAUAAAGUUUCGAUACCGGAAGAAUCGAUACGAACUGGAGCUUUAUCCGCGUUACAACUUGAAUCAAUAACGUACGCAUCUCAGCAACACGAACAUCUUUUACCGGACGGUUCGCGUGCUGGUUUUUUGAUCGGUGAUGGUGCGGGAGUUGGUAAAGGGCGAACCAUAGCUGGUAUCAUAUUUGAAAACUAUUUAAAAGGACGAAAACGUGCUAUUUGGGUUUCGGUUUCGAAUGAUCUGAAAUAUGAUGCAGAACGUGAUCUGAAUGACAUUGGUGCAUCAAAAAUUGAGGUUCACGCAUUGAAUAAAUUUAAAUACGCAAAAAUUUCGUCAGCAGUAAAUGGUAAUGUAAAAAGGGGAGUAAUAUUCAGCACGUAUUCCGCUUUAAUUGGAGAAUCUACCCAGAGUGGGGGAAAAUAUAAAAGUCGAUUAAAACAACUUUUACAAUGGUGUGGAGAAGACUUUGAUGGGCUAAUUAUUUUUGACGAGUGUCACCGUGCAAAGAAUUUGUGUCCAACAGGUAGCUCAAAGCCUACCAAAACUGGUUUGACAGUUUUAGAAUUGCAGAAUAAGCUUCCUAAAGCUAGAGUAGUAUACGCCAGUGCCACAGGUGCUUCCGAACCCCGUAACAUGGCCUAUAUGGUACGUUUAGGAAUGUGGGGCGAAGGAACACCAUUUCCUGAAUUUAACGAUUUUAUUACUGCUGUUGAAAAACGAGGAGUAGGUGCAAUGGAGAUCGUAGCGAUGGACAUGAAAUUACGAGGCAUGUACAUUGCUCGACAGCUCAGUUUUCAUGGUGUAGCGUUUAAAAUAGAAGAAGUACCAUUAUCCAAAGAAUUUACCGAAGUAUAUGAUCGCUCUGUCCGACUUUGGGUCGAAGCUAUGCAAAGGUUUCAAGAAGCAGCUGAGUUGUUGGAUGCUGAGAAUCGUAUGAAGAAAACAAUGUGGGGUCAAUUUUGGUCGUCGCAUCAGCGCUUUUUCAAAUACUUGUGCAUUGCAGCUAAAGUGAAACACGCUGUUGCGGUUGCGAGAGAGGCUGUAAAAUGUGGGAAGUGCGUAGUUAUAGGUUUGCAAUCCACCGGCGAAGCUCGUACAUUGGAACAAUUAGAACGCGACGAUGGCGAACUUAGCGAUUUCGUUUCCACCGCGAAGGGAGUGCUCCAAUCGUUGGUGGAAAAACAUUUUCCAGCAUCAGAUCGUAAUCACAUACAUCGAGUUCUUGGUAUCGAACCAUCAAAAAUGCAAAGGUUAGAGGACCUUGACGACAUCGAUGGUGCCGGUGGUUCCGCUGGUAGUAGUAAAAGGAAACCUGUACGACAAGCAGCUCAGCGCGCUUCGAAAAGAGUUCGUACAUUCCCAUCCGACGACGAUUUCACUGACGACGAAAGAAACGGUGGUCAUAGUUCUGGUUCAGAAUAUAAACAGAGUGGCAGCGAAAGCGAAGAUGACCAUAAAUCUGACGAAGAGAGUAACAUCACUUCCGAUUCUUCUUUCAAUUACAGCGAAUCGGAUUCUGAUUCAGGUGACGGACGACGAAAGAAGAAAGGUGCGAAAAAACAAAAGAAACCUGUCAAGAAACGUGGCCCGCCUGCGACUGCGGCAACGCGUAAUCGAGCACCAUCAAGAGACGCGGUCGAGCGCGCUUAUACAAUGAAAAAAGAAUUACUGGUAGAAGUGGAGGAACUAGGCGAUCGACUUCCACCAAAUACCUUGGAUCAACUGAUAGAUGAAUUUGGUGGUCCAGAAAACGUGGCUGAAAUGACUGGUAGAAAAGGGCGGGUUGUUCAGACAGAAGAUGGCACUAUUCAAUACGAAUCUAGAUCUGAAGUAGACGUACCUCUGGAAACUCUUAAUUUAACAGAAAAACAAAGGUUUAUGGAUGGUGAGAAAACGGUAGCCAUUAUUUCUGAAGCAGCUAGCAGUGGUAUAUCAUUGCAAAGUGAUAGACGAGCUAGAAAUCAGAUGCGACGAGUGCAUAUUACUCUUGAAUUACCAUGGAGUGCCGAUAGAGCGAUCCAGCAAUUUGGACGGACGCAUCGUUCGAAUCAAGUGAAUGCACCAGAGUACAUAUUUCUUAUUUCGGACUUGGCAGGUGAACGGCGAUUCGCAUCUAUUGUAGCGAAACGUCUGGAAAGUCUCGGCGCUCUUACACACGGAGAUAGACGAGCCACGGAAACGAGAGACCUUUCACAAUUUAAUAUCGAUAAUAAAUAUGGUCGUGCCGCUCUCGAAGCAACAAUGAGAACCAUAAUGAAGUACGAACCGCCUCUUGUACCACCACCUCAAGAUUAUCAUGGAGACUUCUUCAAAGACGUGGCUGAAGCGUUGGUGGGUGUUGGUUUGAUUUGCAAUAGCGAAAGCACACCUGGCGUACUCACAUUGGACAAAGAUUAUAAUAACAUGUCGAAAUUUUUGAAUCGUAUUCUCGGUAUGCCUGUUGAUUUGCAAAACCGUUUGUUCAAAUAUUUCACCGACACGUUGAACGCGAUUGUCACGCAAGCGAAAAAGACCGGUCGUUUUGACAUGGGUAUCCUCGAUCUCGGUACUUCUGGAGAAAAUGUGAAAAGGGUUAAAUUGUAUCGUUUCUUACGUAAACAUGCCACUGGAAAAGCGCCAACCGAGCUCCACGUUGUACACGUUGAACGUGGAAUGAAUUGGUCUGAAGCGAUAGAUAAAUUUUCUGAAUUAACAGGGUCCAAAGAGGGAUUUUAUUUGAGUCAUCAAAUUCGUAAUGGAAAACAAACGGCAAUCCUCGCUGUUGCUGUAGAAACUGGUGGAAAAAAGAAAUCUGAAAGCAAGAAAGAUCAAUUGUACAUGGUUUAUAGGCCCAAUACAGGAUUACAAUUAAGACAAGAAACUCUAGGCGAAUUAGAGAAGAAAUAUAAGAAAGUAUCGUCAGAUGAAGCAGAACCACACUGGUCGCAACAGUACGAAGCUUCUGUAGAUACGUGUUCUCACGCUUAUUGGCGCGGUAAUUGUAAAAACGUAACUAUUGGUAUGGACUGCGAGGUUGGUCUCCGAAGGCGUUCCUAUAAUGUUCUGUCAGGUUCUGUUUUAAGCGUAUGGAGUCGGGUAGAAAGUAUUCUCGCGACACGUUCUGGUCACAAUUCUAAGAUGCAAGUUGUGCGGUUACGAACCGACGAAGGAUUGAAGAUAGUUGGUACUCUUAUUCCAAAGUCCUGCAUGGAAAUAUUACGACAAGAACUUUCAUCCGAUUCUGAAAACACCGAAGAACUUACAUUUUGAACAUCACGUUAAUUCGCUUUCAUAGGACCAAAAGAAGCGAUUAAUAAGAAUAUAACAUACAGUGGACAAAUCCCUCUGCUUAGUUUUUCAAGAAAAGUGACAUAAGGAGAGGGUGCACUUGCAAAUGCAUGGCGAAAACAUGGAUUAACGUGUUAAUUAUCGAGAUGUUAUAAGGUAGAUUUUCAGAUGACCAUCUACCAACCAGUGUUUUAUUGUCCUAUCGAAUAUGACGAGUGAAAUGAAUGCGUGACACGAACAUUUGCGAUUUAUGGAUUUUUGAAAUCUAAACGUAUCUCUUCGUUAGGUUCUCACGUUGUUAUUUUAUAAGUUUUAACGAAACGUAUUUCUCUCGCCCGUCACAUCUUGAUAUACAAAUGUCGUAAGUAGUUAGAAUUUUUUUUUAUUUUAGUCGUAAAUUACGCUCGCAUUGAUUUGGGCGUUACCGGGUACACAUUUUUUGUAUUUUCAUUCAUCUUGUUCACGUUGUCAAAAAGAAAAAAAAAAAGGACAGAAAUUAUUAGAAACCUUACUUUUAUACAGUUUAUGAUUAUAUAUGAAACAAACUUGUCUGUGCACGAAAAAAAGGAUAUUAAGAUUCGUAUUAUCACGUGUAGGACAGAUUAGAUUACAUUUCUAAAAAUCACGCGUGUGAGUUAAUUUCAGUCAGUGUGGGAUAGCUUUAUUUUGCAUCAGUCAAAUUAAGAAAUGGAACAUGAAAAGAAACGCGAUUUUUACGAGGAAGCACGAAAUGAAAUUAGUGAUUCGUACGACUUAAAAAACUGUAUCUUAACGCUAAUCAUAUCUUGAAAAACGAAGCAACAUCCAGUGAGAAUCGAUUGUGAAAUCUUAGAGAUAGGAAAGAGUUCGCUUACUCGUGUAUUGUGACUGAUUAACUAACCGAAGUAUAACUCGGACAAAAAAUAAAGUAGUAUUAGUACUAUAUAAAAAACGCAGUGCGAAACGAUCAAUUCUCGCUGGAAAGUACAGAUGUAUACGCAACUGUUCCAAUUUUUAUUUAAUCGUUGAAUUGAUCGAAUAGUUAAUUAAUGACCAUUGCUAUUGCUACCAUUAAUAUUAUUACACUACUGCUAUUAUUAUUAGUGCUAGUACCCCCACUGAAAACAAACUAUUAUUACUAUUACAAAGAAAUAGAGAGACGAGAUAACAUAUUUAAAUAAAUAUUUAUUGUUUUUAAAGAAGUGCCAAUGUAGCGUAAAAUUUUUGUUUUUUUAUAAAUUCACAAUUCCGUGAUCAGACUUCAGAGAAUAUUUUAUUUUAUUUGUCUUGUUUUUCUACUUUUAUUAAAAGUAAUUUGAUAAUACCGUUAGCACGAAAAUUGAAAAAAUCAUUAAUAAUUAAAAAAAAGAAAAGAGAAAAUCUCGUCUCCCAAUAUUCUCAAUUUAUGAGUAGUCGGCAUUAAAAGAUUAGAUUCAACAAUACAUAUGGCAGUAUAUUUAUAUUCAGAAAUCAUAAAGUAGUCAUGCGAUUCGCAUGUAUAUUGAGUAGAUGUCUGUUGUUUGUACGCCUGGGCGAGUACUAAACGAAUUAGAUCUUCUGAUCUAUCAUUUAUGACGGAAAAAACAGUAACAACAAAGGGAAGAUCCAGAUUACAUUAAAUAGGGAAAAGAAAAAAAAAAGAUAGAGUACUCCGAAGCAAUCGAUAGAAUUCGUUUUAAGUAGAAUCUCCAUUAGAAGAACAGAUUAUUGUGAAUAAAUCUUGUUCACAUAUUUCAGACGUUGUAAAAUUGGAAAUUAUCACUGUGAAUAUUUUCCUGUCUUCGUAAUAUUGUCCUUAAUACAAUAAAAACAUCGUUUUGACGUAGUGUACGAAAGAUAAACUACUACGUUUCUACGGAUACACUACAUAUUGCAUUUAUAAAACAAGAGAAAGAAAUGAAAAAGCUUAUUUACGUGUACUACGUAGCGGAAAUAAGAAUACUUUUAUUGUGUUCUAUCUUUUGUAAAAUUCGAUCGUAAUCAUUUAUGAUACCAGUAAAUUAUUUAUUAAUUUAUUAUUACAGAUAUGAUUUAUUCGAUUAGUAUUUGUUCGUUAUUCAAUACUUUUUGUCAUUUUAAAACAAAAUCGGUUAUUUUGAUAAAACAUCUAUUCAGUUUUAUAUCGUUCAAUUUCUCUAAUUUAUUACAAACGUGGAGAUUCUUAAUGAAACUAAUUGGGAACGAGAAUGUCGGUUGACGAAAUUUUAAUACCGAAAGUGAUUUGUGAUUUAUAUGAAAAGAUUUCAAAGUGUAAAUAUAUAUAUUAAAGAAUAUAAAGCAGUUUUAGGUCACACGUGUACCUUAUAUUCAAUAUUUUUACAAUUCUUGCUUGAGUUCCUAUUACAGACAAGGUGUAAUUUAUAAAUGUGGUAUCUAGUAUACGUGGAAACAGGCACUGCACUUGCCGAAACGAUUCCCUUUCGUUAUGUGCUGUGUUUUGUGAAACUGAAUGAGCGAUUUUGAAAAUGCUAUACAUAUAUACAUAUAUAUAUGUACUUGCAUGUGUAUAUAUACAUGUAUAAAUGUUUGUGUAUGUAAAAUCAAUACUUAGUAAAAAAAAAAAGAAGAAGAAAAAGAAAAGGAAGAAAAAAAAAUGAAAAACAGUGCUAAAGAAAUCGAUCUUUCGAAUAUCAAACCCACUAUUAUUACUAUAACGUUCGCAUUAACAUUAUUUUCCUCCAUUGUUGUGUAACUUAAAAUAAUAAUGAUGCGUAUGCUACUUUUCCCUCUUGUUGCUUUGAACGUACAUAUAUGUUGUACCGCGAAAAGCAUACGAGAAACAUUAAUUCAUUGACGUAUAAAAUACAAUGGAUUUCCGUAAAAGAAAAGAAAAACCAUGUAAAUUGUUUUCUGUUGCAAGCGCAGACUUAGUAUUGUGCAUUGCAUAAAAUUAUAUAAAUAGCAAAUAAAAUGUCUUAUAUAAGUAUCA